UAGGUUGUCCAUUAAAGGCGUUUAAUGCCUUUAAAGGGCUAUGGGCAUUUAUCGUAAUAGCCAAUCCGACGCUAGCUUUCUUAGCGAAAUAAUCAAUCGAAAGCCGCGUUGUAUCGAGGCCGGUUUUUGUUCCUCUGAACACGCGCGACUGUGACAGUGUUGUACAAGGAACGUGACUGUGCGAUGGAAGCACGUGUGGAAGCUUAAAUUGAUAAUAUAUAGUUAAAUGUAUAACUACGAUUUAAUUUAAAUUUAAUUUAUAUUAUAGAGUGGUUUAAGACAGCAGAUUUUAAUAUUAACAAUGCUUCGGAAAAGUAAAUAUCUCUUAUCCCUAAGUAGGUUUAAAGGCCAGUAUGUAUGGAGACCAAAGAGCAGCUCAGCCCCUGAUCGAGCUCUACAGUAUGUGGUAGGCCAGAAGAUCCAUGGUUUUACCGUCCGAGAGGUAACUCAAGUGCCUGAUCUGUCCCUGACGGCUGUUAAACUCUGUCAUGAUGUCACAGGAGCUCAGUAUCUGCACACAGCAAGAGAUGACUCCAAUAACCUCUUCAGUGUGCAAUUCCGUACCACGCCCAUGGACAACACAGGGGUUCCCCACAUUCUAGAACACACGGUUCUGUGUGGCUCUCGGCGCUACCCCUGCAGAGAUCCGUUCUUUAAAAUGCUGAAUCGCUCUCUCUCCACCUUUAUGAAUGCUUUCACAGCUAGUGAUUAUACAAUGUACCCAUUCUCCACUCAGAAUGCCAAGGAUUUCCAAAACCUUCUAUCCGUCUACCUUGAUGCCGUCUUCUUUCCCUGCUUGCGAGAGCUGGACUUCUGGCAGGAAGGUUGGCGUUUGGAGAAUGAGCAUCCUACAGACCCAUCAUCUACGCUGAUGUUUAAAGGAGUGGUUUUCAAUGAGAUGAAAGGUGCUUUUUCGGAUAAUGAACGAGUCUUCGCGCAGCACUUGCAGAACAAGCUGUUACCUGAUCACACGUACUCGGUGGUGUCAGGAGGAGAACCUCUCGCCAUACCUGACCUCUCAUGGGAACAACUGAAAGACUUUCAUGCUACACACUACCAUCCCAGCAAUGCAAGGUUUUUUACCUAUGGUGAUAUGCCAUUGGAGCAGCAUCUGAAGCAGAUACAGGAGGAGGCUCUGUGCAAGUUUCAGAGAACAGAAACAAACACUGCAGUACCAGCACAGAACCGAUGGGAUGUGCCAAGGGAAGCUCACGUGACCUGCAGUCCUGAUGCAUUGGCUCCAGAUGCAGCUAAACAGAAUACACUAUGUGUCAGCUACCUGCUGGGGGACAUCACCGACACGUUUGAGGCUUUCACUCUGAGUUUUCUCUCUUCCCUGAUGAUCUCUGGCCCGAAUUCUCCAUUUUACAAAACGCUGAUUGAACGAAAGAUUGGUACUGACUUCUCUUCUGUAGUUGGGUAUGAUGGCAGUACCAGGGAGGCCUCAUUUAGCAUCGGCUUGCAGGGCAUAGCAGAAGAGGACAUGGAGAAUAUCAAACAGAUCAUUAGCCAAACCAUCGAUGACAUCAUAGAGGCUGGGUUUGAAGAGGAGCGGAUUGAGGGGUUACUGCAUAAGAUUGAGGUUCAGAUGAAACACCAGUCUACCAAUUUUGGCUUGGCCCUUGUCUCUUAUCUUGCAUCCUGCUGGAAUCAUGAUGGAGACCCAGUGCAGUUGCUGAAGAUAAGUGAGAAUGUCAGCAGUUUCAGACAGUGUCUGCAGGACAACCCUCACUACCUACAGGACAAAGUGCAGCACUAUUUUAAGGACAACACACACAGGCUGAUAUUGUCUAUGAGCCCAGAUGCACAGUAUAUGGAAAAACGAAACAAAGCGGAGCAAGAAAAACUCCAGCAGAAAGUACAAGCUCUCACUGAUGCUGACUACAAAGACAUCUAUGAAAAAGGCUUACAGUUGCUCUCUGAGCACAGCAAAAUUCACGAUACUUCCUGCUUACCUGCCCUAAAGGUGUCUGACAUCGAACCCACCAUACCACACACAUCAGUGCAGUUGGGUACUGCAGGAGGAGUGCCAGUUCAGUACUGUGAGCAGCCUACUAAUGGCAUGGUGUAUUUUAGAGCCAUGUGUAACCUCAACACCCUCCCAGAGGACCUGAAGAUUUAUGUCCCACUCUUCUGCAAUAUUAUCACUAAGUUGGGCUGUGGGAAACUGGAUUAUCGGCAGCAGGCCCAGAAGAUGGAGCUGAAGACUGGUGGUAUGUCUGUGACUCCACAGGCCAUAUCAAGCACAGCUGAUCUUGACAUGUAUGAACAGGGCAUUUUCCUUACUUCCUGCUGUCUGGAGAGGAACUUGGCUGAUAUGUUCCACCUGUGGAGUGACAUAUUUAACUGUCCUCAUUUUGAUGACGAGGAGAGGUUGAGAGUGUUGGUGAUGAUGUCAGCUCAAGAGUUAUCCAAUGGAAUUUCAUAUUCGGGCCAUAUUUAUGCAAUGACACGGGCAGGGCGAUCGCUCACGCCUACCGCUGAUCUGUAUGAGACUUUCACUGGUAUGGACCAGGUAAGGUUCAUGAAAAGAAUAGCUGAGAUGCCUGAUCUAACAUCAGUUUUAAGGAAGCUGCCCAGAAUAAAGAGACACCUCCUGAAUCCAGAUAAUAUGAGGUGUGCAAUUAACAGCACUCCUCAGAAGAUGGCAGAUGCUGCAGGUGAGCUGGAGAGGUUUGUGUAUAGUAUAGCCUCUAACAAGAAGGGGCGGAAGUCUGUCAGAGCAGUUAUUGCUGAGAGACCAUUGGAUCCUCAGGCUCCUGCUGGAUCAGUUGCAAGUUGUAACCUUGUCUCUGAGGCUCAUUUUAAGCCAUGUCAGAUGAAGACUUAUUUCGAAUUUCCAUUUCCUGUGUACUUUGUUAGUGAGUGUGUGCGCACUGUACCCUUUACACAUGAGGAUUAUGCCAGUUUAUGUAUUUUAGGAAGGAUGAUGACUGCUAAGUUUCUACAUGCAGAAAUCAGAGAGAAAGGUGGAGCCUAUGGAGGAGGAGCAAAAAUAGGAGGAGAUGGCUUGUUUGCCUUUUACUCAUAUAGGAGCUCCAUGCUGGAUUCUGGAGAGGUGUUAUGCUACACUGGUUCACCGUACCAUGAACCCUUCUUGGUGUUGAUGUUGGUGAGUGUUUCUUCACCUGCUGAUUCAGAUAUGUCUAUCUGUAUCCUUGACAGGCUGGGUAACUAACUGGUGUUGAUCUUACUGGGUUUUGGCUAACGUGGUGCUGCUGUGACUAGUGUGGUUUCUCCUCUGUCUUGUUUAAUUGUUUUCAUUUCCCUUUGGCUUUACCAUAUGGUGAACACGAUUAGCUCACCACUACCAUUCUCUAAACUUUCUGUUGUUCUUGAUCUUUGUAUACUUGCCAGCAAUAGUUUCAUAAUGGCCAGUUUGCAUCCACACUUAGUCUCUACAACAUAUGAGUACUGUCGGAUGCUGCCUGAGGUAUAUUCAUCACUCCCCGCUAUAGUCUUUGUUUGUGCAUUACUCAUCUCCAACUGCAGUCCCGUUGAUCUGGACAAAUAGACUGGAUUUUCACAAAUGUACACAUGAGAAAUUUGGUUCACUGAGAUAUUUAGUUAAACACAACCAUUAUUUUGAUAGUAUCACAUGAAAUGUAAUUCACGAGCGUCCUCUGAUUUGUUUGUUGUCCAGAAAAGCUGAAAGACUUGAGCAGCCCACCUAGGGACGCCAAGAUUUGUCAUGAAAAUUAGACAAACACCAGUAGACUCAUCCUCUCAGGUGUAGGAGUUUAUUGCAAAAGAUACAUACAGGAAGUAGAAUGAGCGCACUCUGCCAUGCUACUCUACAUUCAUGAUACAGUGCAUCCAGAAAGUAUUCACGGCGCUUCACUUUUCCCACAGUUUUUUGUUAGUCUUAUUCCAAAAUGGAUUAAAUUCAUUAUCUUCCUAAAAAUUCUACAAACAAUACCCCAUAAUGACAACAUGAAAGUAGUUUGUUUGAAAUCUUUGCAAAUUUAAUAAAAAUAUAUUUUUUUUAAAAAAGCACAUUUACAUAAGUAUUCACAGCCUUUGCCAUGACACUCAGAAUUGAGCUCAGGUGCAUCCCGUUUCCACUGAUCAUCCUUGAGAUGUUUCUACAACUUGGAGUCCACCUGUGGUAAAUUCAGUUGAUUGGACAUGAUUUGGAAAGACACACACCUGUCUAUAUAAAGGUCCCACAGUUAACAAUGCAUGCCAGAGCACAAACCAAGCCAUGAAGUCCAAGGAAUUGUCUGGAGACCUCUGAAACAGGAUUGUAUCAAGACACAGAUCUGGGGAAGGGUACAGAAACAUUUCUGCAGCAUUGAAGGUCCCAAUGAGCACAGUGGCCUCCAUCAUCCGUAAAUGGAAGAAGUUUGAAACCACCAGGACUCUUCCUAGAGCUGGCUGCCCGGCCAAACUGGGCGAUCAGGGGAGAAGGUCCUUAGUCAGGGAGGUGACCAAAAACCCGAUGGUCACUCUGAAAGAGCUCCAGCAUGUCUCUGUGGAAAUAGGAGAACCUACCAUAAGAACUACCAUCUCUGCAGAACUCCAUCAAUCAGGCCUGAAUGGUAGAGUGGCCAGAUCGAAGCCACUCCUCAGUAAAAGGCACAGGCUCAAACCGGGGCGAAGGUUCAUCUUCCAACAGGACAACGACCCUAAGCACACAGCCAAGAUAACAAAGGAGUGGCUACAGGACAACUCUGAACGUCUUUGAGUGGCCCACCCAGAGCCCAGACUUGAACCCGAUUGAUCAUCUCUGGAGAGAUCUGAAAAUGGUUGUGCACUGACACUCCCCAUCCAACCUGAUGGAGCUUGAGAGCUCCUGCAAUGAAGAAUGGGAGAAACUGCCCAAAAAUAGAUGUGCCAAGCUUGUAGCAUCAUAUUCAAAAAGAUUUCAGGCUGUUAUUGGUGCCAAAGGUGCUUCAAUACAGUAUUGAGCAAAGGCUGUGAAUACUUAUGUACAUGUGCUUUUUUUAUUUUUAAUAAAUUUGCAAAGAUUUCAAACAAACUUCUUUCAUGUUGUCAUUAUGGAGUAUUGUAUGUAUAAUUUUGAGUAAAAUAAUCAUUUAAUCCAUUUUGGAAUAAGGCAGUAACAUAACAAAAUGUGGGAAAAGUGAAGUGCUGUGAAUAGUUUCCAGAUGCACUGUAUAUAUACACCAAUGGUGUUGGUGUAGGUUGCAUGUCUGCUACUUUCUAUAAGGAAGUCAAAAUCGUUUGUCAGGCGGUUCCACUUUGUGCUUUCAGGGUCGUAGCAGAUGUGCAGACAUCUCUAAAGAUUAUAACAUGUUGGCAUAAGUUCAGAACAUUUUGUACUUAUCUAAGCUAGAUAACAUGACCUUACAUGGCCUGACAUAUAGUGGGACAGGAACAGAAAUAUCUUACAGACAGUAAAAAAUGCAAGAACUUAAUACAUUUCUCUCAAACUACAGACCUAUAUCCAACCUUCCUAUUGUGG